AUGGAACUAACGGCGGUCGAGGACUACGAACAACAUGACCAGCAGUAUGAAGAGUUCGACAUCCUGUACGAUAAUGUUUCUAUUAUGUUGGAGGAACAGCUCACCAGGAUCAACGCAACCGCGGCGGCUGCUGCUGCUACCACAGAGCUCCCAAGGAAUGGCAAUAACCAGCAAGCACCAGUUGUAAUUCACCAACCGCUUCGCAUGCCGAUUCCCACAUUCGAUGGUCGGUACGAAAGCUGGCCAAAAUUCAAGGCCAUGUUCAAGGACCUCGUGGACAGAGGUCCAGAUCCACCAGCUGUCAAGCUAUACCAUCUGGAGAAAGCUCUGGUCGGUAGUGCAGCUGGUCUUAUUGAUGCAAAAACAAUCAAUGAGGGCAACUAUGCCCAUGCGUGGCAAAUCCUGGAAGAGCGGUACGAGAACAAGCGUCAUGCCAUAGAUUCCCAUAUUCACGGUCUGCUGAAUCUUAAGCGCAUGACUAAGAAGAGUCAUUUGGAGCUACGCAAUCUGGUGGAUGAAUGCAGUAAACAUGUCGAAGGGCUGAAAUUUCUUGAACGACAAUUCGAAGGUGUUGGAGAGGAUUUCGUGAUUCAGCUUUUGGCCGCAGCGUUGCACUCUGAUGUUCGUCAUCUAUGGGAGUCAUCGGUUAAUCAUGGAGAGCUCCCCGAAUACAAAAAAAUGCUGGCGUUCCUGAAGGAACAGACUUUCAUUCUGGAGAGAAUUGAAAUCAGCUACCAGAAGGCUACAAUUCCCGUUAAAUCUGUUUAUGCACCUAGCAAACCGCCGGGUCAAAAGGUACAUGCAACGGUUUCGUCGAGCGAGACGGAAAUAAAGUGCGAUUUCUGCGGUAAGGUACACGCAAAUCAUAACUGCGCUGAUUUCAAAUCUCUACCGGUUCCGCAAAGAUUGGUGAAGGUACGUGAGAGAAACGUUUGCUUCAACUGCCUAAGAAGAGGCCAUCGAAGUAUCGACUGUUCGUCGGACAAAUCGUGCCAGAAGUGCAAGCGUCGGCACCAUAGCCUGUUGCACGCAGAGGACAAACCUAAGGUGGCUCCGGAACCACCUGUAAUAGAGCAAGAGAAUGCACCAUCAGCAACGGUUCCGACAGUAGCAACAUGCAACAACUUGGCUACUCAUUCGCCGCAAGUGCUGUUGCUCACGGCGGUAGUGGAUGUUUUUGAUAAAAACUACAAGCCCCACCCGUGUAGAAUAUUAUUGGACAGUGGUUCCCAAGUAAAUUUGAUUUCACGUUCAGCGGCUGAUCUGCUGGGAUUGAUGCUGAAUGCUUCAAAGGUCACGUUGUUCGGAGUCAAUAGCGCGAAAAUAGAAUCCGCUAGUGAUUGUGUGGUGCAUCUGUCUUCAAGGUACGCUGAUUUCCACGCAAAAAUCAAAUGCCUUGUCACCGACAAGGUCACUGCAGAUCUCCCUACGUCGGCUAUGAACAGUUCAUUGGAGAUUCCCGUUGGUGUUCAAUUGGCUGACCCGAAGUUCUUGCAUCCUAGCAAAGUGGAUAUGCUCUUGGGUAACGAAUGGUUCCUGAAGUUGUUGCUACCUGGUGAGAUCAUGUUGGCUGAGGGUCUACCCAUUUUGCGCGAGACCCAAUUUGGCUGGGUUGUUGGUGGCGUGUAUAAUGAUGGUGCGGCAUCAGAUGGAGCAGUUCACUCGCAUACAAUCACGAUGGACGAUUUAAGCCAGUCCAUUCAACGAUUUUGGGAAGUCGAAGAUGUUGCUAGUGCUGAUAAAUCGUGCAAUGAUGAGGAUGAGUGUGAAGAGCAUUUUAAGGUUACCCAUCGUAGAGAUGCGUCCGGGCGAUACAUAGUCCAGCUGCCUCUGAAGGAGUCCGUCAGCGAGCUGGGAGAUUCUAGGUCGAUGGCAUUAAAAAGGUUCCAUGGAUUGGAACGAAAAUUGUUACGGUAUCCGGACUUGAUGAAGCAGUACCAGGAAUUUAUGGACGAGUACGAGAGUCUUGGCCACUGUGAAGAAGUUGAUGUAAACAAGGAUCCAGUAGACACCAUUAAGUGGUACUUACCACAUCAUGCUGUUCUGCGACCUUCAAAUACCACUACUAAGUGUCGUGUAGUGUUCGAUGCGUCCGCUAAGGUAUCUCUGGUCGAUCGCUCAACGACGUAA